UAGCUGUAUGACGACGACUGCGUAGUAACCUGUGGAUUUUAAACACCAGAAUGUACAAACCGUGGGCAACUGUGAAUAUUUUCAUAGUUUCUUUUCUACAUCUGCUGCAAGGAUCUGACUAUGAGAAUGGAUCUGUGAAGAGGACGUCUCUGUCAGCAUUGGAGCGGUCAGAACAGCAGAUCAGGAGAGCAUCCAGCCUGGAAGAGCUGCUUCGCAUCACCCACUCUGAGGACUGGAAGCUGUGGAAAUGCAGGCUAAAACUCAAAAGUCUGGCCAACUUAGACUCCCGCUCUGCAUCACAUCGCUCCACCAGAUUUGCUGCUGCUUUCUAUGAUAUCGAUACACUGAAAGUCAUAGAUGAGGAAUGGCAAAAGACUCAAUGUGUGCCAAGAGAAACCUGCGUGGAAGUUGCCAAAGAGCUGGGUACAACAACCAACAAAUUCUUCAAGCCUCCCUGCGUGAAUGUGUUCAGAUGCGGAGGCUGCUGCAACGAGGAGAGUCUGAGCUGCAUGAAUACAAGUACAACUUAUGUGUCGAAAACGCUCUUUGAGAUUUCGGUUCCCUUGACAAGUGUUCCUGAGCCUGUGCCAAUCAAAAUUGCCAAUCACACAGCCUGUAAGUGUCUAUCAAAUACCCAGCGCCAUCAGUACACCAUCAUACGAAGAUCUGUCCAGUACCCGGAAGAAGAUGGAUGCCCCUUUACCAACAAAAUUUGCCAUAAUGGAUGGAUCUGGGAUAGUGACAAAUGUGAAUGUGUUGUCGAUGUACAGCACCCGAACAGACGAGAAGGACUCCCUCCUCUUGCUGAGCUGGCUAUGUGCGGACAACAUAUGGAAUUUGAUGAAGAAAAUUGUGAAUGCAUCUGUAGACAGAAGUGUCCCACAGAUUUCUUUCAAAGUAAAGAGAACUGCAGCUGCUAUUUGUGUAGGGAGAGCCAGGAGAGCUGUGCUCUAAAGCACAAGAUAUUUCAUGCUGAAACCUGCAGCUGUGAGGACAAAUGUCCAUCCCAACCCAGAACAUGCCCAACUGCAAAACCAAUGUGUUCCAGGCAUUGUCGUUGUCCGAAGGAGAAGAGAGGUUCUCACGGGUCCCAAAGCAAAGAAACUCCUUGACUGAUCUUCCCCUAUUCUCCAAAAACCUACUGCUUUGCGAAGUAGCUGUCACUGACUUUCAAACAAUAGUAAACACGAACACCUUCCACAUUAAUAGCAGAAGAAUGAAUCCAGUCUGCAUUUAUUUAUUAGAGUAAUCACUAACUGCAGGUGAAUCCUCUGGGACAUUGGUAAUUGUUCUCUGAGAGGUAACAACAACUGAUGAAUUGCUGGCGGCGUGGAAGAAAGAGUGGAAAGUGCCAGUUCAAUGUUACAUUAUAGAAGAUGAAGCUGGUACAUUGGUAACAGAGCCACAGUCACCAGCCAGUCCUUCAGAAACUGAGACUAGAUAAUCUUAGCCUCUAAAUCCUUAGCUAAUGCAGCUCCUGGGUGAAACUUUCUUCAGAAAUUCAGUGUACGGGAUUUGGCUUCUAAUAGGAUCAGCACUGAGUUUUUUGAUCUACUGUCCAGCUUUGA